UUUUACUAUUCUACGGCCCAACUUUAUCCUGAUAGUAUCAAUCAGAUACGGUGUAGCAAUCUGGCGGCGUCUCCCGCAAGAAGGAGUUGAGACUCCUAGAAAAUCGACCAUCAAAGUCUGGCGGCGUUUCCACGCGAGGAGUUGGAUCCUUCCGGAAGUCGACCAUCGUGAAUGAUGAGCAGCAUCGACAGUUUCAUUACGGCCUUCGAAAAUCCCGGCGGCAGCACUACUAGUGAUGAUAUGCCGCUCGCGAGUGGGGAUGCACAGAGCGAACCCAGACGCCUUAGAUCACCUUAUACACGUCCUUACCCAGAAUUCAAGAAGAACGGCACCUCUGGCACGAAAGUUCAAUUGAAGGCAAAUUUUGCUCGAAUCACCCAGAUGCCCGACGUGUUUUGUACACAGUAUCAUGUAGAAUUUGAGCCGACUGUAGCGUCCAGAUCCUACCGGCAUCAAAUCCUUAAAGGGGAGGAAAUGCAGUCAUACAUUGGCUCUGCAUUCAUAUUUGAUGGAAUGAUCAUGUAUACUGUGACCAGCGCCAACUUUGAAGGUGAUUAUGUAUCAACGCAUCCCCACACGGGCGAGAAGAUUGUCGUGCGACUUCAUAGAAGUGUGCGGUUUACGCAAGAGGAUGCUCAGACUAUUAAUUGUUACAACAUUGUCAUACGAAAUUGUCUUGAUAUGGUCGGCAUGAAACGUUUGGGAAGAAAUCAUUUCGACGAAAUGGAAAAGAGGCGUCUGGAUCACUAUGGAAUGGAAGUUUGGCCGGGAUUUGAGACAGCAGUGCGCCAUUACGAAGAUCAACUAAUGCUCUGCAUUGAAAAUCGUUUCAAAAUGAUACGUACCGAAUCCGUUUGGGAAAUUAUGUGCCGUGAAAGAAGCCGUCCCAACCAGGAUUUAAAUAGUUAUGAAGUGACGUUGCAGAACUUGUUGUAUGGAGAAACGGUCUUUGCUCGCUACAACAACAGAAUGUAUCGCAUUAACCAUAUUGACUACGAGAUGACACCAUACUCGGAAUUUACACUUGCUGAUGGAAAUGUCACAUCCUUGAAAGCCUACUUCGAGAAACAGUAUAAUCUUGUAAUUCGCGAAGGCAAUCAGCCAAUUUUGGUCAGCGAAGUCAAAGCCAAACUACCUGGUGAAGCGCCGAUGGAAGUUUACCUGCUACCCGAACUUGUCUAUCCUACAGGACUUACCACCGAAAUGAGGCACGAUUUUCGUUGUAUGAAAGAGCUUUCCGCCUAUACACGUUUGGAUCCGGAAAGAAGAAGUGAGACAACGAAACGCCUGCUCGACAAGAUCACUGGAAAUGAGAGAUGUGUUGCUCUCAUGAGAACAUGGGGGAUUGUCCUUAACAACGAUCUCGUCAGUUUUCAUUCGAGAGAACUAUCACCGGAAAGACUUUAUGGAGCCGCUGAUCAAGGUUACGCGGGUGUGCGCGCCGAAUGGGCGAGACAUGUGAGAAGUCAUGGAACCUAUCGCGGAAUGUUUCUUCAGAAUUGGGUCCUCAUUGCUCCAGGCACCGAUGAUGGGAGACGUUUGUCUGUGGAGUUUAUUAAUGAAGUUGAAAACAUCUAUACCACCAUGCAAAUACGCUUUUGUCACCCGAUGGUGGAAUAUUGCUCAGAUGCAAGUCCUAAAGCUUACCGUAAUGCAGUCGAGAACGCAAUGGCCAGGGCUGCCGGACAAUCCAUACACAUGAUGGUGGUGAUUUUGGCCGAUAGCGGCAAAAUUAGAUAUGACUCGCUGAAGAAAUGGCUUUGCACCGAGACAAACAUACCAUCACAGUGCGUGCAACUGUCUACCCUACGUGGUCCGCCUAGGGAUAAUGGUCGCAGUAGGAAUUUUGCUUCAAUCGUACUGAAAAUUGCAUUGCAAAUGAACUGCAAAAUGGGUGGAGCACUUUGGAAGGUUAUCAUUCCUAUGAAAAAAGCUAUGAUUGUUGGCUAUGAUUUGUACCACGACUCGAGCCUUGAGGGAAAAACCUUCGGCGCUUGUGUAUCGACUAUGGACGAGAAUUACACCGAAUUCUUCUCGCAAACUCGCGCACACGUAAAUCCCACGGAGUUGGGAACAAAUCUUCGCUCUUUUGUGAAAGAAGCGCUCAAGAAAUAUUUCCAAAGAAACCAUAAAACGCUACCAGAGAAAAUAUUUCUGUACAGGGAUGGCGUUGGAGAUGGGCAAAUUCCCUACGUCGUGGAUCAGGAAGUAAGCCUGGUUCAACAAGCUUGUGCGGAAGCUGUACAGAAAGCGGGGUAUCCGGCAGGCACUAAAAUCAAACUGGCAUUCAUCAUUGUUACGAAAAAAGUAAACCUGAGGGUUUUCAAAUGGAGUCCCAACGGCAGACUUAGCAAUCCCGAUCCCGGUACCGUUGUGGACUCGGUCAUCACAAGACCCGAACGCUACGAUUUCUACCUCGUACCUCAGUAUGUAAACCAGGGUACGGUUACACCGGUUUGUUAUAAUGUGAUUUACGACGACACCGGUCUGGAACCAGAUAAACACCAUAAGCUGGCGUAUAAGCUUUGCCAUCUGUACUAUAACUGGCAAGGGACCGUGAGAGUUCCUGCACCUUGUCAAUACGCACACAAAUUAGCUUUCCUGGCCGCUCAAACACUUCACCAGGAGGCUACCGAAGACUUGCGCCACAAGCUUUUCUUUCUGUAAUAUCUGUCUGAAUUGCUAAUUUGAUAUUUUCCAUAUUGUCUUUAUGUUUACUAGAUUAGAUCUCAUUUAUUUGUGGUUUCAUUUUGUUUUGAAUCCCAUUUAUUUGUGGUUUUAUUUUAUUUCACUCCUUAGUCGUACACUAGCUGCAUCAAAAAAUGAGACAAAAGUUAGCCCAGCAAUGGUUUUGUUGAUCUGGUGAAACAAUGUUGUGCCAUUUUUCCAGUGUUCCAUAAUUUAACUUUUUUAUCAUCCUUUUUUUCUAUGCCAUUUCAGUAUCACUCGCAUCUUACUUAGUAAUUCUUUCUUACAAUUAGUGCACAAUAAGCUGGUAUCAGCAAGCGGAUAUCGCCGCUGUGAAUAUGCGAGUUUUUGAUUAAGAGUAUUUUGUUUUGCUUUUUCAUGUAUUUGUACUCAAUGGGAACUACGAGUCUCCCACAAAUUUAUUAUUACUUCCGAACAAAGCUUGAUCAUUCAGAACAACAGCUCUUCUGUCUAUUUGCCAGUUGUCCAUUUCACUUGAUAAUAGGGCUUUCUUUGUCAUGCACUUUAUUUACAACUCAUG